AUGGCACAGAUUGUUUCUCAUGGUGACACUGGUUCCUAUAGGACCAAAGCUCUAAAUUAUAGCAAUAGAGCUCUUAACUCACAGGUAGAUAAGAGUUUUGCUGUUUUUGGCAUAAAGCUACCAAAUGACUGCGCCGUUGCGCUCAGAGAUAGAGGUAGAAGAGGUAAAGUAGCAGCUUUGCCAUCACUGAGUCACAAAUUUGACUCCAAGCAAACGGUCAGAAGUGAUCUGGGUCCUAAACCUAUAGUUCCUCCUAAGGAUCCUUCUGGAAAAUCCAUAAUUACUUCAGCCAGUGACUUCCAGAGAAUCCUGUCCGCUGCAAGGAUCAGGACUGAUAAGGGACGUGAGAAGCACAAGAUGGCAGUACAGGCCUCAAGAGGUGAGAAAGAUAUGCUUGUUCUAGUAGCGGAGGCAAAAAAGGACAAGGCAGAAUUUGAGAGGGUGAGAAGGGUGCAGAAGGAUAUGGUUGAGAAGCAGAGGAGUCAGAUAAUGGAGAGGACUUCUCAAGUGAAGAAAGAAGUGGGACAUCUGAGGCAGGAGUUUCAGGGGAACAGACUGAAAUGUCUCAAUCCUACUAUGAAGGCCAUGCAAAGGGAGAAAAAUCCCUGUCUAGUCAGGGAAUAUCUGCAUGAACUCAAGGAGAAGCAGCUGGAGCAGCUAAAAAUCAUUGGGUCUCCAAUCAAGUAUGCAUCAGUGGUGACACGGAAAGCUGGGGUUCCACAAAUGGUGAUUAAUCCAUAG